AUGUCAGAUAGACGUGAAUGGACAACAACACAUUAUCAUUCAUUUUAUAAUCCACAUUGUUUAUUUGAACUUGAAAUUCGACGGCUUGUUGCUACAUUAUGUAUACUUGGAGAUUUAAUUACACAAUGGUUACAACGUACAGGAAUAAUACUUAGUUCGAAUCAAGUUGCAUUUCAUCUUGUAUCAAUUCCAUGUGAUCCAUUUGCUGAAUUUGAUGCACUUAGAGGAAAAAAAUGGCGAAGUUCUCAAACAGGUGAAGAAAAAUAUCAAGAUAUUAUGUCAGCUGAUUUUCGAGCAUUUUGUGUCAAUAAUAAUAAUCGUUCAGUUAAUUUCUGGAAUGAAUUAAAUGAUUUAGCAAAUGAAAAAAUAAAUGAAAAACAACAAAAAUCUUCGAAUGAUAAUUAG